AUGAUUGUCGCAUCAUAACUGCUGAGCAACAACUCCACUCAAAGUCAAUUCAGCCCAACCGCAUUAGUUAACCAGGAAGAACGAUUCUUCGUAGGAGCCCAGCAGUAUUCAAUAUUUUAAACAGCAGAUGACAAAGAUGGCUGGCUGCUAUCAUCACCAUCCUCAUAAACUAUCUCUUUACAGCACUUAUAAUGGCGACCCAGUCAAUUUCACACCCCAUUCUUCUUCUUCUUCUUCUUCUUCUUCUCCUCCUCCUUAUUUUUCCCAACAGAAACAUUUUAUCCAAUUCAGGCUCACCACCCUCCCAACUCUUAUCUUCCUAUUCUCAAUAUCAUCAUCACUUGCUACAUCCCUGUGGACGAUCGUGACAGGUAAAAAACUUGUACGGAGUUGUGAGAGAUACUUGACAAUUGCUCUUGAGAUGACACAGUCAAGUUCCAUUAGUGGAGCGAUGUUGCUCUUGUGGUUGUGUUGUUUUUUUCUGCUCCAAAUUGGAGCAGAAAGUCAGAUUACCAACCCUAUAGAAGUGAAUGCAUUGCGUGCCAUUAAGAAAAGUUUGAUUGAUCCAAACCGGAAUCUUAGUAAUUGGAAUCGUGGAGAUCCAUGUACAUCAAACUGGACAGGGGUUUUGUGCUUCAAUACAUCAUUGGGCGAUGGCUAUUUGCAUGUUUGGGAAUUGCAACUAUUGAAUAUGAAUCUUUCAGGAAGUUUGUCACCAGAGCUAGGCCUCUUAUCUUAUAUGGAAAUUUUGGAUGUUAUGUGGAACCAGAUAGGUGGUAGCAUACCAAAGGAGAUAGGCAGUAUUAUGUCUUUGAAUCUCUUGCUCCUGAAUGGAAAUCAGCUAACAGGUUCAUUGCCAGAAGAGCUUGGUUAUCUUCCUAACUUGGACAGAAUACAAAUUGACCAGAAUCUAAUAUCUGGACCAAUACCUAAAUCUUUUGCGAAUUUGAAUAAAACAAAGCACUUCCACAUGAACAACAAUUCACUUAGUGGGCCAAUCCCACCUGAGCUGUCUAGACUACCCAGUCUUGUUCACUUGCUCCUCGACAAUAACAACUUAUCAGGGUAUCUUCCACCAGGGCUUGCUGACUUGCCAAAUUUGCUGAUACUUCAACUUGAUAACAACCACUUUGACGGAAGUACAAUACCUCCUUCCUAUGGCAAUAUGUAUCAGUUGUUGAAAUUGAGUCUUAGGAACUGCAGCUUGCAAGGAUCAAUCCCUGACCUGAGCAGGAUACCAAAUCUUGCAUAUAUAGACCUCAGUGGAAACCAGCUCAAUGGAUCCAUACCAUCAUAUCAAUUUUCUGCAAACGUAACAUUUAUUGAUUUGUCAAACAAUAGUCUUACUGGAACUAUCUCUACCAACUUUUCGGGUCUUCCUAAACUUCAGAGAUUGUUACUUGCGAACAAUAUAUUGAAUGGUUCUGUUCCAUCAAUUAUUUGGCAGAAUAGGACUUUUAAUGCAACCGAGACUCUUAUCGUGGACCUGCAGAACAAUAGCCUUUCAAAUAUUUCAGGCAGUGUUUUUGUCCCUUCAAAUGUCACCGUCAGGCUUCGAGGAAAUCCUCUAUGCUUAAAUACAAACCUGGUCCAGUUAUGUGCAUCCCAGAGUGAAGAUGUCAGUCAUAUCCAGAGAGUUGUCAGUCAUAUCCAGAACUCAACAAACUCCACUGUUAGUUGUCCCACUCCUGGAUGCCCACCUCCUUAUGAAUAUGCCCCUGCAUCUCCUGUACCUUGCUUCUGUGCUGCACCUCUGCUUGUUGGCUAUCGGUUGAAAAGUCCUGGGUUCUCAGAUUUCUUGCCAUAUAUUGAUCCAUUUGAAGUGUACCUGACCUCUGGUCUUAGUGUGAACCUUUAUCAGCUAAACAUUGCUUCCAUUUUCUGGCAAGAAGGCCCUCGAUUAAGGAUGGAUUUGAAGAUUUUUCCUAUUUACGUUGACAACAGCUCUUCUAAAUUCAAUAAGAGUGAGGUUCUACGAAUUCAGGGCAAGUUCACGGGAUGGACAAUUCCUGACAGUGAAAUAUUUGGACCUUAUGAACUCAUUAAAUUCACACUAUUGGAUCCUUAUAUAAAUGGUUUGUCUCUUAACCCUUAG